CUGACAAUGAUUUGAAACAUUGCAUAGACGUAACAGGCAGAAAUCGUCUAACAACAAAACCUUUAAAGUGUCUGUCUGGUUUAAAAAAAGAAAUGAGGGUAAAAAAGGAUAUUCUCUCUCUAAAGUUUUGAUUGAUGACAGCGUUGCUUCUGAACAGCAAUGUUCUAAUGUUGAUGUGAUUUAUGAUUUAAAAGGCCUGAACCAAUAUGGAUCUUAUUCCUUGCAUCGAAGUAUAGCACCAACUCCUAAUUAGAUCUCAUCUGAGUCCAAAGUCUCUCUGAAUCCAACUCUCCCUUGAUGAUGAGCUUUAUUUUUUGAGAAUCCAGAUGCGAAGAUGAUGCAGAUUAAUUUGACUGGGUUCCUGAACGGAAAGAACGCUCGGGAAUUCAUGAAGGACCUCUGGCCGCUGUUGCUAAGCGCUCAGGAGAACAUUGCUGGUAUUCCGUCUGCCUUCCUGGAGCAGAAGAAAGAGGAAAUCAAACAGAGACAAAUUGAACAGGAAAAACUAGCCUCUCUGAAAAAGAUAGAUGACGAUAAAAGAGAAAAGGAGAACAAGGAGCGAGCUCAGUCCAGAAGCCCUAAACGGAGGAAAUCUCGUUCCCCUGUGAAGCGGGACCGGAAAGCCAGCCCUUCCCGCUCUCCUCGUCGAAAACCAAGUCCACCCGCCUCACCGCCUUCUAGUCCGCCCAAUCAAAGAGAAGAGCCGAAAGAAGAACCGGACCAAUUGGAGAGCUCCAAACCAGAACCACUAAUUCAGGAGGCUUCUUCUACCAGUGAUCUGGUGGCUGAGAUGAAGCCAGACUCUGUGUCUGAGGCUGUGAAAGAGUCGUCCCCUGAAAAAAUCUCCAAAUCAGAAGACAAGCCCAAACCUAAAGACAAGGAUAGAGAGAAGGACGGACGCAGAGAUCGCCCACGUCACCGCUCUCGUUCCCGAUCACCUCGUUCUCGCAGACGACCCAGAUCACGGUCCAGGUCAUUCUCUCCUCGCCGCAGACCGAGUCCCAGGAGACGAAUCUCUCCGAGACGCAGGAGCCCCCCUAGACGCCAGCCACCCCCUAGACACAGACGCAGCCGUUCACCUGUUCGCAGGCGGCGCUCACGUUCCCGAUCCUCUUCAGGCAGCUCUUCCUCUCGGUCUCCCCAUAAAAGACCAGGUAAACGUGGGUCAGCUACCCCUCCCAGAAAAGUUCCACGUCGUUCGGAUCUAUCCAGUCCACCCAGAAGAAGAGGCCGGAGCCCUUCGGGUCCAGACACCAGCCCUUCAGCUGCGAGAAACAGGACCGGUGGAAGGAACGACAAUCAUUCUCCUCCAAAACCACCCAGACGAUCCGAUGUAUCAGAUUCUGAGGAGGAGAAGUUGGGCGACGGGUCAAUGGCAGAUUCUGUCCAGCAGCGACGUCAGUAUCGCAGACAGAAUCAGAAAUCCUCUUCAGACACGGGGUCAUCCUCUUCCUCUGAAGAUGAAGGCCCAAGGCAGAAGAACAGAGGCGCAGCUGCUAGGAAUGGUGAUGUCAGGAGACGGCGGAGCCAUUCACCUGGCUCACCACGGAGAAGGCACAGAGAGGCAUCCCCAAGAAAAAGACGUUCCCCAUCACCUGCUUUCCGUAGACAUCGCUCUCCAUCUCCAGCUCGUCGCCGCCGGUCGCCCUCACCUCCUCCAAGACGCAGAUCUCCAUCCCCUCCUACCCGGCACUACUCUCCUCCUAUCCAGCGGCGCUACAGCCCCUCUCCCCUUCCAGCUCAAAAAAGACGCCCAUCAGGGUCUCCCCCUCCUAGGCGCAGAGCGUCUCCAUCACCACAGGUGUCCAAGCGCAGAGGUUCUCCAUCACCACCGGUGUCCAAGCGGAGAGGUUCUCCAUCACCACCCGUGUCUAAGCGCAGAGGUUCUCAAUCACCACCUGUGUCCAAGCGCAGAGGGUCCCCAUCACCUCCCGUGUCCAAGCGCAGAGGUUCUCCAUCACCUCCCGUGUCCAAGCGCAGAGGAUCUCCAUCACCACCCGUGUCCAAGCGCAGGGCAUCCCCAUCACCACCCGUGUCCAAGCGCAGGGCAUCCCCAUCACCACCCGUGUCCAAGCGCAGGGCGUCCCCAUCACCACCUGUGUCCAAGCGCAGGGCAUCUCCCUCACCAGUAGCCAAACGGCGCUCAUCUCGCUCCCCCAAACGGACUCGUGGUAGUAGUCCAGGAAAGAGGCGCACUCCGCCCUCUUCUGCUUCACCACCACCCCGCCAUCGUAGAAGUUCUCCGAAUCCCCCUGCACACCAACGGGGCAGGGACACCCGUUCCUCUCCCCCUACACAUUCUUCUCGAGUGUCUUCGAGUCCUCAAGCUCGAUAUGGGCCUUCUGGUUCCUCCCCACAACGAGUAAGACGUCAGGCGUCGCCGUCUCAUGGCACUAGACCCAUUCGAAGGGUCUCCCGCACACCAGAACCACGCAAACCACAGCGAGAUUCUCAGAGCCCCCAGCCAGUAAGGAGGCAGGUGUCUCGUUCACCAUCCGCUUCUCCUCUUCCGGCCGCACCAAAGAGAACUGCUUCAGUCUCUCCUCACUCUGCUAGUCGCUCCCCACCUCCACCUGCAAAGAAGAACAGCAGUGGGUCCCAAAGCCCAUCACCAAACAAGAACUCUGAUGUAGAGGGUGGAAAAAAGAAGAAAAAGAAGAAGGAGAAGAAACACAAAAAGGAGAAGAAACACAAGAAGCAUAAGAAGCAAAAGAAAGAGAAGAGUGGAGAAGAGAAAAUUGAAGCAGCUAUAGGAGUCACCGAACAGGAGGCGGAGCCUGAUUCUGAUCAGAAAAAGGAAUCAGACAGUGAAGUAGAAGACAGUUUGGAUGAUCUGGAGAAGCACCUGCGUGAGAAAGCUCUCCGGUCCAUGAGGAAGGCCCAGUUGUCUCCGUCUUCUCAAUGAUGAUCUCAGUUUCCCUCUACCUACGCCCUUUUUUCUCCCCCACUCUGCAUUUUAAAUGUUUGAUGUUGGUUUAGCUUUAGAAUGUACAAAUUGUUAUAAUUCACCCUAGAAUUUGUUUUCGUUGAAUUCAUUACUUUUUUGGCACAUUUAUCGCUGGGGAGUUUUAUGAUGUGAAGCUGAUGAUGUUUCUUGAUCAUCUUUUGGCACUGUCAACAACCGUUUAUCAAAAAACUAACAUUUUUUUAGCCCCCAACCCAUUCCUGUUCCACUUGCUUUUAUUGCUAUGAUAAAACGUACAAGUAAAGCUCACAUGCGGUUCUGAGAUGAUGUGCAAGUUAGCCUAUGGAUUCUCUAACUUCAGCAGGACUUUUUAUGAGAGUUUAGUUUGCAUGGACAGCAGACCCCAGUGUGUUUGUCCUCUUGUGUGCAUGAUCUAUAAACCAAAACACCCAGUGAGCCGAAAGAGCCGAUCCAUCGGUCCGCUCUCUGUUCAUCCGAACAUUGUGGCAUUGCUCUAAAGUUUGCUGUGCACAUAAGAACGAAUCCCAAGCGUUUGUUUUCAUCCUUUAUUUUUUGCAUUUUAUAUUUUGUAACCUAAGUUGUGUUUGGAAUUGUUGAACCCUGCAGUGAAUCCUGGCUUUGAACAAAGUCGCAUUAAAAUGAAAGAAAUCGUUA